CGACAAUGGUGGAUAUCGGCGAGCUGCAUGAGAUCCUCCAAGACGCGUCGAUCGAGCCGCCUGCGAACGAUGAAGGAUUCCACCGCGACAAGAACAUCCAAAAGCUUCAGACGUUGUAUGACCAGACGCCAUGCAUGGACGACCUCCAGACAGCAAUAGUCGGGGUUAUGGCCGACGACCGCAAGGGGAAAAUUGCUCCUGCCAUUGACCGCGUGCUCGACGUCGUGAGUGCCGUGACCUACUCGACCGACGACUUGCUUGCGAUAGUUGAGUUUGGCAUUCGAUGCAGUCAAGUGGAGGACAAGCAGAUCCGUUUGCGAUCGACGCAACUCCUCGCGUUGCUCCUGCAGAACAUUCCCGAAAUCCCAGACAGCAUUUGGGACGCACUUGUUGAAUCGAUGCUGAUCCGUGUCCGCGAUAAGAUCGUGUCCAUUCGAGUACAAACAAUCAUGGUAUUGAAGCGGCUCCAACAACCCGACUUGCCCGACGACGAAGUAACGGCGGCACUGCUUCGAUUGGCAGUAGUGGAUACAAGCAAGGAAGUCCGGGUGGCAGCCGUGGAGAGCGUCGCGUUGACCCAAGUGUCGGUGGGGGAUCUAUUGAUCCGAGUGCGCGACAUCAGCUAUGAAGUGCGCUGCUCUGUAUUUCGCGUGUUUUCCCAGGCGCAUGUCAAGGACAUUUGCACAGCGCUUGAUCGCAUGUACCUCCUCGACCAAGGUCUACAUGAUCGCAAUCCUGCCGUGAUUGAAGCAUGCCAAGGGAUGGUGCUUCAGUGGCUUCAUCAAUGCCACGACAAUGUGCUUGAUUUUCUCCAGUAUCUGGCACUGGACCACCCCGUGUGCAGCACUGUGAUAACCUUUCUCUUCGACAAAGCUGGACUCUCGGACCUGCCUCAAGUCAAGAGCAAGGCGUUGCUAGGGUCAAGGCUGACCCCCAUCGAUUCGUUUUUCUGGAAAGAGCAGUGCAUCCACUUCAAAAACGACCACGACCUCGUCGAAGAGUAUUGCCCAACCCUCCCGACGUAUUGCGACCUCCUACGCCAUCUCCAAGAAGAACUUAACGAAGAAACGGCGGAGAAAGCACAAAUUGUUCUCGUUGGCCGACAUUUGCUUCAGCUGGGCACAGCCUUGGAUUUUCAAGACGAAGUUGGCCGUCGCAUGCUCAUCAACGCACUGCGGGAAUCCCUGAGCGAGUGGACGUACGAACGGCAGUGGGUUCCAGACGCUGUGAGCUUGCUCGCCGUUUUGUGCGAAGAAUUUGAGUUUAUUCAGUACAUGACGGAAAUCACGAGCGACAUUUACGAUGCCAUGCAAGAGUGCGAAAGUAUGAGUCCAACUAAGCGACGCGCGAUGAGCGAACGACUCGACGCUAUCGACCAACGCAUGGACGAAGCGGACGUACCUUCUCAAGAAUACGAUGCAUUGCAUGCCGAAGGAGUAGCGUUGGAAAAAGCCCUGGAAGAGCCCAAGACGCUGCGUUACUUGCGCUGUUUGGAGCUGUCGUCGAAACUUCUGCAAUUUACCCGUCAAAGCUUGAAAAAUGCCAUGAUUGCGAACAUUUUGCAUUUGAUAUUGCCUGCUGUCGACAGCGACAUCCCCGCCUUGCGCGAAAAGGGUCUGGAAUGCUUGGGGCUGUACUGCUUGCUGGAUCGGAAAAUGGCACUCAACCACACAAUUGUGUUUUGGCGCGUCCUCAACGCCGACGAUGAAGAUGGGGAUUCCAAGCAUACAUGCAUCCGGGUAUUGUUGGACUUUUUCGCAGCGUUCAAAGCGUUUGAAAUUACCCCCGUGGAAGAAGACGGUGAAACGGUAACUUCGGCGUCGAUUCUGGACGGCCUCGCGACGUAUUUUUGCGUCAACGAACAUCAAUUGGACGCGUGGGACCUCCAGACGCAAACACUAGUCGUUGAAGGAUUCAUUAAACUGUUUCUGCUGAAGCGCAUCGACGACUCGAUGAAAUUGCAAGCGAUGAUGGAGCUGUACUUUCACCCAAUUUUGCGACAAAUGGUCCACUCCAACGACCACGGAUUCUGCUCGGAAACUCUUCAAUUGCUGAGCGUGUUUUACCCUGCACUCGCCAAUCUUCAAUUCGACUUGCUCAUAGUGACGAUUCGGUCCGUCCUUUGCAGCAUUGUGUACGGCACCAGCAAAAUUCCCCUCGACGAAGCCGCGCUCUACUUUCUCACCAUCUUCCCAGAAAAAGAUCGAGCGCACGAUGCGCUCAGCUUGCUAUGCUGCGUUGAAAUUCUAGCCAUCAGCGAGCUCAAGCUUACGAAACGGGAGAAAGAAACGCUGCAAAAACCAUGGUGGAUUGUUUUGCAAUCGCUCGAGUGGACCGACACGAACGGUCGAUUGGUUGUACUGCUUGAAGAGGUUCUGAACAGCUUCAAAGCGGCCGAUGCCACCAAGUUCAAGGCGCGAAUGGAGCAAGUCAUCCAGGCACCACCAGAACUGACGGACGAAGACACCCAAUGGAUUUUGGCCCAAGUCGCCGAACGAAAGGACGCAUUGAGCACUUUCAAGAAGAAACUCAGUCGAGCCGUGCAUCGCCAUGAGCUUGUGGUCCAAGAGGCCAGCGAUAGCGAGGCUGGCGAAGAGGAGCAAGUGAUGAUCAAGCGAGAGCGGUCGUCGCGACAGAGCAAGGCCUUGGCCAGUGCUAAAAUCCAAACCGGUGACAGCAAGGAGGGAAGCAGUGAGGUCGAAGCAAUCAGCAGCAGCAGCGAGUCAGACUUUUAACUUGGUUGCUCAUUGAACCAUACACGACAUCACCGUUUCCACCACGGCGCAGAAGUUAUUCAAUGUACGAUUCUCUAUAGCAUUUCAAAAUCGAAACCACCAUCGGACUGUGA